AUGACUACACCCAACCCUCGCCUCACCGAGGCAGCGUACCAAUGUCUCCCUGAAGGUCCUCUUGACAUCGACAAGACCUUCUAUUCAAAGCUGGGGGAGACCACACCAUCAUCUCGCACUCUUACCGAAUCUUUCGUUCUUCCCAUUCGCAGCGGUAAAGCUUGGAAAGUCCCAGCUGGAUCUAUAUGCCGCAUCACUGCUGUCGAAGGAGCCCAGGUCGGAGACUUGAAUAUCUGGUCAUUUCAAAACCCUCGCGAGAGGAUGUGGGCUGCUAGAACGAGACAGUUGCAAAGGGCGCAUGUAUCGAUUGGUGAUAGACUGUGGUCUGUUUUGCCGUAUUUGAGGCCGUUGUGUACCAUCGUUGGGGAUACACUGAAGGACUACGGGAAAGACGGUGAGGGAGGAAGGAUUCAUGAUUUAUUAGGGACAAGGUGUGACCCUUACGUUAAUCGGAUGCUCAGUGGAAAAGAUUUCGAUUAUCACUGUCACUCGAACCUGACGCGGGCCGUCUUGCCCUACGGUCUUGCCGAGUCCGAUGUUCACGAUGUUCUAAAUGUCUUCCAGUGCACUGGUCUCAAUGACAAGGACCAGUACUUCAUGAAAUCAUGUCCGGCGAAGAAGGGUGACUACUUCGAAUUUUUCGCAGAGAUAGACCUUCUCUGUGCACUUUCUACUUGUCCAGGCGGAGAUCUCUCAAAAGCGAUGUGGGGUGAAGGGGUAGAAGGAGAUGACCCAUCAUUAGAGUGCUGCCGUCCCUUGGGUGUCGAAGUAUUCAGUCUACCGCCAGACUUACUUCAAGGAUGGUCUCAGCCGAUCGAGGCUUUCCAAGCGUACAAAGGCGGUCACGCUCUGCGGGAAGCAAAAUGGGAGAAUGUGUAA